AUGUUUGAAUGCAUUGUAUUGGAGAAUCCAUUCUUAUCGGAACCACCACGUUUAUUUGGCACUGAUAAUCUUUUGGUUGAAUAUAAUUUCCACGAACAAUCAGAGGGUCACUACAUUUUGGAAACAACUUUCAAGGGUAGAUUCAAAAAUUCCCAUCUCUAUAUCAUUUAUUUCAAUAAUGGUGGUGGUGGUGGUAGUGUAAAGAAUUAUAUCACCUUAAUAACAAAUCUUCGUAUUGUCCUUGUUAAACAAACAAAUAAGGAAUAA